GGCUUGGGAGUUCCAAUGGAGAACAACCGCAUUGGCAUCUUCGAUAAUCUAAAACGUCCUAAACCUUUGAAAUCGUUCUUCCACAGUGGCAGGAAGUCGGAAGAUGUGGUCGAACGCCCGAAAUCUUUGAAAUCCAUCUUCCAGAGUGGCACGAAGUCGGAAGAUGUGAUCCAACGUCCGAAAUCUUUGAAAUCCAUCUUCCAAACUGGCAGGAAGUCGGAAGAUGUGGUCGACGUUUCUCCCAAUCCCAUCCCUCAGCUCUCUUCUAUUGCCAAUUCCGUCAUUGCUCGUUGUUCCAGGAUUCUUUCAAUUCCAACUGAAGAGUUGCAACGUUGUUUUGAGACUGAGCUACCUGAACACACUACACAAUCUCCUACUUAUGCUAGGAAUUUGUUAGAGUUUUGCUCAUACCAAACACUGGAUGUGGUGACUCAGCGUCCAGAUUAUCUGAGGGAUAAGGAGAUUCGCCGAUUGACAUAUGAUAUGAUGCUUGCAUGGGAAGAUUCAGGGGUCAAGAGGGAGCCCACACAGAAGGAAAAUGCCUCUUGCAAUAAUCAAGAUGUCGAGGAUGAGGAUGGUUGGUCGUUAUUUUAUUCAAAUUCCGAAUGCAUGGCUGUUCAGGUAGAUGACAAGGAAACUGUUGGGCCAGAGGCUUUUGCACGAAUUGCUCCUGGUUGUGCUUCUGUAGCAGAUAUCAUUACUGUCCGCAAUCUUUUUGAUGCACUUACAAGCUCUUCAGGUGGCCAGCUGCAUUUUAUCAUCUACGAUAAAUAUCUUAAAAGCCUUAACAAAGUCAUCAAAACUGCAAAAAGUGCACCUGGAAUGCCUUUGGCUUCUAACCUUAAGCUUGCUGAGGGAGAGAUAAUCUUAGACGUGGAUGGCACUGUUCCCACUCAACCAGUUCUGCAACACAUUGGAACCUCUGCAUGGCCAGGUCGCUUGACACUUACCAAUUAUGCUUUAUACUUUGAGUCGCUGGGAGUUGGUUUAUAUGACAAAGCUGUCAAAUAUGAUCUGGCUACAGACUUGAAGCAGGUUUUAAAGGCCGAAUUGACUGGCCCACUGGGUGCCCGUCUGUUUGAUAAGGCCCUGAUGUACAAAUCAACAUCCGUAGCGGAGCCCAUAUUUUUUGAGUUCCCUGAAUUCAAAGGCAACUCACGCCGGGACUACUGGUUAGAAAUUAGUCUUGAGAUUCUGCAUGCUCACAAGUUUAUUAGGAAAUAUAACCUCAAAGAGACUCAGCUGACCGAAGCACUUGCAAAGUCCACUCUAGGCAUCUUCCGGUACCGUGCCUUAAGAGAUGCUUUCCAUAUCUUUCCAUCUCUUUACAAGACUUUACUUGCUUACAACUUAGCUGAAAAGCUUCCCGGGGGAGAUAAGAUAUUGGAAAUUCUAUCAAGUCAAUUGGAGCAAUUCAAUGCUAGGAUGCUCCAACAUGAUGACACCAUGAUAUCGCUAAAUGAUGCCAAAUGGAAGUCUUCAUUGUCCCCAACAUCAUUAUUUGCACUAGUGAGACUUGGGUUGUUACCAAAAGGGGCAUAUUCUGAUGGAGAUGCAGCAUUCGUGGUACGAGAUGUGUCUGCUGGUGAGAUCAAUCCUUUAGAAUUGGCUGUGAAGAAAUUGAAACAUGACACAGGGAGAGCUGAGGCAGCACAAGCGACUGUGGAUCAAGUGAAAGUGGAGGGGAUUGAUACAAAUGUAGCUGUGAUGAAGGAAUUACUCUUCCCUCUGGUUGAAUCGGGCAAGCUGCUCCAAUUUUUGGCCUCUUGGGAUGAACCUUUUAAAUCUACAAUGUUUCUGAUGCUGAUUUGUUACACAAUUAUCUGGGGUUGGUUCAAGUAUGUCUUGCCUUGUACUUCUGUAUUCCUGGCAGCACACAUGCUCUGGCAGAAGCAUCACAAUAAAGGAAAGCCAUUGGAAGCUGUCAGAGUAACACCUCCUCCCAGUCGUAAUGCAGUUGAACUACUGCUGACAUUACAGGAAUUCAUUUCUCAGGUUGAAGCACUAGUUCAAGAUGUAAACAUCACUCUUCUGAAGCUAAGGGCAAUCUUUUUUUCUGCUCUACCUCAGGCCACAGACAAGGUUGUCAUAUUGUUGAUUAUCAUGGCCGCAGUGUUUGCUUUUGUGCCUCUGCAGUACCUUAUGAUGUUGAUCUUCCUAGAGUCAUUUACAAGGGAGAUGCCAAUGAGAAAAGAUUGCAGUGAUCGGUUGGUAAGGCGUGUAAGAGAAUGGUGGCUCAGGAUACCAGCAGCUCCUGUCCAAAUAGUCAAGGCUGAAGUCAAAAAGAAAAGGAAUUGAUUAGUUCUUCUGGAUUUGGACAAAUAUUCAUCUGUGCAUGGUCAAUCACAUAUUGUCUUCUGCUUGACCAACCUAGUGGUAUCACUGUUCUUGUCUAUAUUAGGGGCUUGGGUUCUGUCGAUUGUUCACUUUAGUUUUUACUUUUUACAGGCUAGCUAAAAAUGUUAAAUGUCUUAUUGGCAGCCAGAAAGAACAUGGUUAGCCAG